AUGGAAUGUGAAGAUUGUUCAGAAAAUGAUGACGACGACGAUGAUGAUGAUGAUGAUGAUGAUGUUAAAAAUAAAACGUAUUUUACAGAAAGACCAUUCAUAUUAUCAUGCUUACGAGGAUAUUAUGACAUAUUUCAAUACUUUAUUUCUAGAAGUGUUGAUAUUAAGAAUUGUGAUUCGAUUCAUACACCUCUGACUGCUGCCUGUAAGGGAGGAAAUGAGAAGAUAAUACAGGUUCUUAUAAAAAAAGGAAGCAAUAUUAACCAGGUAAGUGGUAUUUGGGAAACACCUCUGACAGUUGCUUGUAAAGAAGGAAAUGCAAAGAUAGUACGAUUACUUAUAGAGAAAGGAAGUGAUAUUACCCAGCAUGGUUAUAUUUUACCAACACCUCUGACAGCUGCUUGUAGAGGAGGGCAUUUGGCGAUAGUACAGUUACUUAUAGACAAAGGAAGUGAGGUUAGUCAUGUUAAGGGCAUUGGGCAGCCACCUCUGACAGCUGCUUGUAGAGGAGGGCAUUUGGAGAUAGUACAGUUACUUAUAGACAAAGGAAGUGAUGUUGGUCAGGCAAAUGGUAUUUGGCAGACACCUCUAACAGCUGCUUCUAGUGUAGGACAUAAAAAAAUAGUACAAUUACUUAUAGAAAAUGGAAGUGACGUUAACCAGGUUGUUGAUUUGGGCCAAACAUCUCUGGUAGCUGCAUGUUGUGGAGGACAUGAGAAGAUAGUACAGUUACUUAUAGACAAUGGAAGUAAUGUUAACCAGGUUGAUGGUAUGAGGCAGACACCUCUGACAGCUGCUUGUAGUAGAGGAAAUGAGCAGAUAGUACAGUUACUCAUAAAAAAUGGCAGCGAGGUUAAUAAGGUUGACGGUGAGAGAGAGACACCUCUGACAGCUGCUUGUAGUGCAGGACAUGAGACGAUAGUAAAGUUACUUAUGGACAAAGGAAGUCAUGUUGACCAGGUUAAUGAUAUGGAACAGACACCUCUGGUAGCUGCAUGUUUAGGAGGAAAUACGAAUGUAAUAGAUUUAUUAAUAGACAGAGGAAUUGAUGUUAACCAAAUUAAUGGUAAGGGGCAAACACCUCUGACAGCUGCUUGUAGAAGUGGAAAUGAGAAGAUAGUACACUUACUUAUAGACCAAAAAUGUGGUAUCAAUCAGUUUGAUUAUAUGUUGGUGACACCUCUGACAGCUGCUUGUAGGGAAGGAUAUUUGGAGAUAGUAAAGUUACUUAUAGACAAAGGAAGUAAGAUUUUCGAACAGACUCUGAUAGCUGCUUGUAGUGGAGGAAAUGAGAAGAUAGUAAAGUUACUUAUAGACAGAGGGAGUGAUGUUAACCAGGUAGAUGGUAUGAAUCAAAUACCUCUGACGGCUGCGUGUAAUGAAGGACAUGAGAAGAUAGUACAGUUACUUAUAGACAGCGGAAGUAAUGUCAACCAGGUUGAUGGUAUGAGGCAGACACCUCUGUCAACUGCUUGUAGUCGAAGACAUAAGAAAAUAGUACAAUUACUUUUAAACAAUGGAAGUGAGGUUAACAAGAUUGACGGCGAAAGGAAAUCAGCUCUGACAGCUGCUUGUAUUAGCAAUAGUGAGAAGAUAGUAAAGUUACUUACUGACAAAGGAAGUGAUGUUAAUCAGGUUGAUGAUACGAAACUGACACCUCUUAUAAUUGCUUGUUCUAUAGGCAAUAUGAAGAUGGUACAGAUACUAGUAGACAAAGGAAGUAAGGUUAACCAGGUUGAUGAUAUGCGACAGACACCUCUGUUAGUUGCUUGUAAUGGAGGAUAUGAGAAGAUAGUACAGUUACUUAUAGACAAAGGAAGUGAUGUUAACCAGGUUAAUUAUAUGGGACAGACACCUCUGUUAGUUGCUUGUAGUAGAGGAUAUGAGAAGAUAGUACAGUUACUUAUAGACAAAGGAAGUGAUGUUAACCAGGUUGAUGGUACGGGACAUACACCUCUGACAUAUGCUUGUAAUAGAGGAAAUGAGAAGAUAGUACAGCUACUUGUAGACAACGGAAGUGAUGUUAAUCAGGUUGAUGAUACGAAACUGACACCUCUUAUAAUUGCUUGUUUUGUAGGAAAUAUGAAGAUGGUACAGAUACUAGUAGACAAAGGAAGUAAGGUUAACCAGGUUGAUGAUAUGCGACAGACACCUCUGUUAGUUGCUUGUAGUGGAGGAUAUGAGAAGAUAGUACAGUUUCUUAUAGAAAAAGGAAGUGAUGUUAACAUUGCUAGUGAUAUAGGAGCGACACCUCUGACAAUUUCUCGUGAGAGGGGAAAUAAGAAAAUAUUACAGUUACUUUUAGACAAGUCAAGAGAGGUUGAUCAGGCAGAUGGUGUAGAACACCCUGACAUUACUCGUACACGAAGAAAUGAGAUGAUAUAUAGUAGAUUGACUUAAAGAUAUACUGUUGACGAGGCUGGUGAUCAUUUUUGACAGUUAACGUUAGAGAAGGUUAAAGACAUUAACACAGUUAGUAUGAAAUCAUGUGUUAAAAAAUGGUAAACAUUUUCGAUUGCUACAUUCUGACUGUUUUAUGUCCUUUUGUCGUUUUCAUAUUUGAACAAAUUGUGUUCCUUAAUUGAAACAGGAACCUUUUAAACAAUAUCAUUUCAAACUAGAUAGUGUUGGACAAAUUUCAUUUUAAUAAAUGAUUAUAAAUUGUCUUUCUGUAUGUUCUUAUUCUAAUUGUAAACGAAAUAUUAUUUAGCAAUACCGGUAUUGUUUAUAGUGUUGCAAUACUGGGUUUGAUUUUAUUUUUUAAAAUUGAAUGUUAAAAAAUAUAAAAAAUAAAUCAUUAUAUGACCCCUGGUGUCUUCCCUCUCUUUUCCAAUCUAGUUUUGACUACAUUUCCGUUUAAGUAUUGAUAGCUGGACAGAAAAGGUCGUUAGUCAAUAGUUGAUUUUUUUUUGUACUGAGCAUUUUUGCAUUAAUUUUGAUUUUGAUAAGUUAUCGCUGCUUAACAAAGUAUAACUAUUGAUAAAUAUACAAUAUUAGAUUUUUGUAUGAGGCUGAGAAACUAGGGAAGGGCGAGGUUCUACCGAGCCAUUCCCCAGUUUUGUGCCGAGUACAAAAAAGUUUAUAUUUUUAUGACAUUGACCUAAUAUUGCUUUUAUACUGCAACUUAAAUUAAUACAUUGAUGGCUUUUUAAAUUGGAACACAAAUUUCAAACUUAUUUUCAUCCCUUAAUAAACCCCUGACUAUGGAAAAAGUGUUGCAUGAUGUAAUUGACAUUGCACAGAAUAUAGCUGUGUUACUGUAUACUAGUUGCAGUAUAAAAGUAUAUAUUUGUUGUAUGUUAUAAAGCUAUUCUCACGAAGCAGUCGAUGUAAUAUAUCAAAUUCAUUAACAAAAACCUGAAAUUAAAACGUAUUCAUUUCAGAUUUAAUUUUUUACUAUCUAAUGUUUUUUAAGCAUGUGGACAUAAUAAUUAUUGUAAAUAGUGAUGUGAUGUCAUUGACAUGACAGAUAUUGCUUUUAUAGGUGUAGCUGAAUAUGUAUGCUUUAGUUUACACAAAAUUACACAGAUACCACAUAUUUAAGUUCUGUUUUUUUCUGAUUUUAGAAGUAUGCUUUGCGGCAUUGAUUUCGUGUAAAAAAAAUGGAUUUUUAUAAAAGAAUAUAUAAAAAAUAUCUUUGGUACUUGAAUUACCGUUCAUUAUGGGUUAUGUAUGGUGAAGAUGGUUGAAAGACAUGAUAAUAAUAGAAAUAAGAGAAAACCUAUAUCUAUGCAUGUUUACUGUCAUCCCUGUUCUAAGUAUACAAACACACACUGUUUAAGUCUUUUAUAUAUGACCGUUAUUAAAUAUCCGUUUGGCAGAUGGUAUCUGAUAUGUUCCUGAUGUCGUAACUACAAUCCCGUUCCCUUUUCACGAAUGUGACCUACUGAAUUAGACUAUUUACCAGGUUUGUAAUAACAUGAGCAACACGACGGGUGCCACAUGUGGAGCAGGAUCUGCUUACUCUUCCGAAGCACCUGAGAUCACCCACAGUUUUGGGUGGGGUUCGUGUUGCCUAGUCUUUAGUUUUCUCUGUUGUUUCGUGUGUACUAUUAUUUGUCUGUUUGUCUUUUAUUUUUUAGUCAUGACGUUGUCAGUUUAUUUUCGAUCUAUGAGUUUUAAUGUCCCUCUGGUAUAUUUCGCCCCUCUUAUAUAUAAAAAUCUUGAAAGAAAAAGAAAAAUAUAUUAAGAUUUUAUUUUUCUGAGAUUUUUGUUGUUGUUUCAGUUUUUCGUGUGAUAUUUGCGUGUAUUCACCUGCGUGUAUUAAGCUCUAAUGAAAUUAAUAUUUAUUAGUAUUGUCCAAUACUCCGAUAUAUGUUAUAUAAUCACAUCCAUAACCAUACUGCAUGAAAUAUUAAUCUAUUGUUUGUUAUUUUGAAUAUACACGUAUUAUCCUAUGUUUUUGAUUUUUUAUUACAUGUAUUUGUUUUUUUGUAUUAUAUUGUAUAAUCAUAUCUUUCUAAUUUUUACUCAAAAAUUUAAUAAAUAUGGCAAAUGUGUAAGCCUUAAUUACUGCGACUUGAUAUGAAGACCAGCUACACAAUCGCUUUUCAUUUGCUUUUAAAAAAUGAUGGGGUUUAUAUAAUGUAUCAAAACACAAUACUUCUUUUUCUUAUUAAAACCUUUACUAUAAUGAUUUCCUUUUUAUCCAGAUAAAAAAUCUGGCUUUACAGGCAACAGGUAUUGUUCAAGGAAUUUUGUGAUAUUGCGUAUAAUGAUUUGUUAACAUUUUUAUUAUGUCAGUUGAUCACUUGUUCUGUUGAUUGAUAACGUUUGGUUUUGUCAGAUUUUAGACUUCCCCUUUUUUAAUUUGUUUUGGAGUUCGACACUUUUGUUAUACUUUUUUUCUGUUGUAUACAUAACUCGUUCAAGCUUAUACAAGCACAAUCUUAUCCUACACAAGUAGCAGUGUUUAUAUGGUAUCUCUUCUGCUGAAAUGACUUAUUAAACAUGAAGCUAACUAUAAGUUCUACCUAAUUAUGUUGAAAGGCGGUACAGUGCGGAGAAAAAUAGGAAAAAUGUCGUUUAUAUGUUCAAUUUAAUCGCCCAAAAUAACACACGACUAGAAUAUCUCUUAAAUCAAAUAUACACAUUUUAUAAAAGAUUUUUUUGUAAUUGUGUCAAUCAUGGCAACCUAUUGUAAAGGUUUGUUUGAAUUUUUAUGUUUCAUUGUUUUCAAGAGAAUAUCAUUUUUGGAAUAACCAUCUUUCAUUAUUUUUAGCUUCUAUUUCAUUGAUCCCUUGUCCAUAAAAUCAUGCAAUUCAACAUGUUCAUAUUGUUAAAAAAAUAUCUUCAUAUAAAAUAUAGACAUGAACUUUAUGUUCCUGUCCAUAUACGUACACAUUUGUCACUUAUAUUGGUAGUGUAAUAAACUUCUUAAACAUCCUUAUAGUUAUUCCUGGUAAAAGUUAAGUAGACCAGAUAAUAAUGAUUAACAUUAUAAAACUGCAAUUUUCAAACGGAACUUAAGAACUCCUCUGGCAGUCAUUGAUUUUAAUUAAUACUCAAGUUAUAUUUCUAUUUAUUAUAUUUUUGCUAUUAUUUAUAAUGUUUUCCAGUUUCAUGUUGUUAUGAAAAAAAACCUAAUUUUUAUAUGUUUAUCUUUAAGUGUGUUUUCCUUUUUGUGUCAAAGAAAGGGUCUUUUUGUAUUAAAGCAAAAUCACCGACGGACAUUUAAAGUGAACAUUCGGCACUAAUUCGUCCAAUCCACUGAAUACUUGCGCUGUCAAGGUUCACUGUUUUCAAGCGCGACCUCCUCGACAGAUAUUACGUUUAUCUUUCCAUCAAGAUGACAGAAUAUGAAAAAGGUUAACCUUGACAGGAGAGAUGUUCCAAUUUCAAAGUAAUCGAGGUUUUCUUUCCCUUAUUGUUUUUUUUUUUUUAUCUGGCACAGAAUAUCAGCAAUCUUUUUUUCAAAUUUAGUAUAAAGAACAACUCAAAAACCGAAGGAACUUACUCUAGCUGAAUGUUGACAUAUCCCAUAUUGUAUAUUGUAAUUUUUGGAAAUUUUGCUCAAAUUCGCAUAAGUAAUAGUGUUCUCAAUUUAAAUAAGAUUGACGUACAUAAAACUCCUUUAGAAGAAAGAAUGUGUCCGUUGUGUCUUUUAGAAGUAGAAGACGAAUCUUAUUUACCAUAAAAUAUACAAAACUAAAUACAAUUAGAGAUCAACUGUUUUCUAAAAUUAGUAAAAUAGUUACCUCUUUUUUUGAAAAUGACUAAUGAAGCAAAAUUUUUAAAUAUUUGUAUGCUUGUGGUGAGAAUGAUAUAACUAGAAUUAUUGUAAAAUUCAUUAGUGACAUGUACAAUUCUAGCUUGAUUGAGAAAUACCUUGUAGUACCCCUCUUAAACAGAGAUUAAAUUAUA